GGUGCUGCGGGAGCGGAGCGGCGCGGUGCGGCCGCUGCUGCAGAAGAUGUCGGCGGGGUGGCGGUGGCGGUGGUGGUGCUGGUGGCUGCCGGCGCUGCUGUGGGGCGGCGCGGGGGGUUACGUGGUGGUCAGCUCGGUGUCCUGGCCGCUGCCCGAGGGCGGGGAGGCGGCGGCGGACGAGCUGCACAGCUCCUCCACCGAGGAAGCGCUCCCCGCUCUGCUGGAGGAGGCGGGCGGCCUCUGGAAGCAGAGCUACCCGGCUUCGGCUUACCGUGAGGAUGCGGCGCUGGGCUCCGGGCCGGCGGGCCGGCGGGAGGGGCAGGGCGCCGUCCCCUCCAGGAUGUUCUCCUACCGCCGGGAGGGCGGCGGGGCGGCGGGGCGCGCCGGAACCGCCCGCUUCCUCGCCCGCCACAACACCUGGGGCUUCGUGGCGACGCGGGCCGCGCAAGGAAAGAUCCAAGGUAUGCCCUAUGGGAACUGUUUGCUUCUCAGCGAUGGUCCCGUCAACAACAGCACUGGAAUCCCUUUCUUCUACGUGACGCCAAAGGAUAACACCGUGGCGGAUCUCCUAAAGAAUCCUGUGGCUUCUCUGACCCUGCCAGAGGUUGAUGGAAAUUUCUGCAGAAAAAAUGUAAUUGAUCCAGAGGAUCCAAGGUGCACCAGGCUGACUCUCACGGGACAGAUGGUCACGGUUCCUCCUGAGGAAGUGGAAUUUGCCAAGCAAGCAAUGUUUUCCAGGCACCCUGUGGUAAGAAAGUGGCCUCGUAGCUAUGAGUGGUUCUUCAUGAAAAUGAACAUUGAGCACAUCUGGCUUCAAAGCUGGUAUGGAGAGGUUUCUGCCAUUGGAGUAGAAGAGUAUUUAAAAGCAGCUCCAAAUAAAGGAUGAUUGAAUGGGCUUUGAGCUACAGCCCUCCUGAGUUUCCUUUCCAAACACAUUUAAAGUCUUUUGCUGGAUGGUUACUUCACAGUGAUUUUUUUUUCUUUCCCCCAGAAGUCUUCAAAAUAGCCCUGUCUUACACAGCACAGAGUGAAAAAUAAACCAACACAGACUUUCAAAUUAUAAAGGAGAAACGGAUACUAGCCCUACCCUGCAAUGUGCAAACUUGUCAUUUCAAACAGGCAGUGCAUCAUCUUAAAUGCUGCUUAAAAAUGCUUUGUAUCUGUUUGUUUUGAUUCCUAUUGCUAUGCACCCACAGGGAAACUACAGUAUGGACUAAAUAUAAUGUUAUGAUUUACAGAAAAAGCAAACUGCCUACUCAGAACUCUCUAUGCAUUGUGGAGGUAUUAACUGCUGCUUGAUCUCCCGUUAUUUGUAAGUACUCUUCAGAGAAACUUAAUCUCUGAAAAUUUAGAUAUUUAAGCUAAAACUUUGCUGAAGCUGUCCUCAUUUCCUAACUUGUAUUUUCUACAUGUGCUUUUCCCAAUUAUCCCUAGAUAAUUUGAUACUUCACUUGGAAAUUGAGUAGAAAUUCUUUUAGUAGAAAAAAUGCAAGCAGCUCAAACAACGUGGCUCCAAUAUAACUUGUCUCUCACUGACACAAAGCUGGUUGAACACAUUAAGGGCUGAAACCAAAUCAGCCCCACAAGGAUUAUCCUAUUACAAGUAUAAACAGUCUCAUAAGAAGAAUUUAAAUAAAUGUUCUCAGCUAGCCUGUUCCUGCUAGCAGACAGGAAAAGUAUUUUUAAUGGCCUGUAGUCCUGAUUUUUUUUUCAUCCUUCUUCCAGCCACCACUUUAUUUUUAACCUAUUUGUGCAACUGAUUUUUGUAAACCAUCACUAACUCAUCUAGGGGUGGAGCCAGUCCUGUAACAGUUUCCUCACCAACUUUUAAAGGGCUUGUUCCUGAAUUUAUUUUUUAAAGAAGCCUAAAGAUAGGUAUAUAUCUCAGGCCAUGAAAAGCUAAUUUUCCUUGUGUGGAAAGUGCAAACUUUGUUGCAAAUACAUUAUGAAUAGGUGCCUCAUGUGAUAGUACCAGAAGAGUUUAAAGGUGUUUUAUUCGUCUUCAGCCCUUUCUCUAGAUGCGUUGGUAAACUGUAGUUCCUAAGCGUAUCACAGUAAGAAAGUUCCCAUGGCUAACGAGCCAAGCCAUUACACUGUUUGAAAAUUAUAUGACUGUUCUAUUAAGAAAGAGACAGAGUGAGAUGGGGUUUCUGUGCCUGUGGGGAAGGAAGGUUCUCCAGCAUCCCUAGAGGAGCAUCUGAGCUUUGGACACCAGCCCACACCAUGGCAGGUCUGAGGAAGAGCCUGAGUCUCUGAGCAAGUGACCUGAGCUUGUACAGGUUAAUCCCUGGGUAAAGCUCAGAGGCAGCUGCAUGAGCUAUGACCAGCUGGAAACCAAUUAAGUGUAGCUGAUCUUACUUUUUUCAGGCAUGGAAAAAGGGAGUCAUUCCCAGAGCACAGCUAGGCACUAUGCUGGUUUAACUUACCAGGGGCUACUUAGCCCUUGGACAGGCUCAAGGCUCUGGGCAUCAUGACCAUUCCUGAUAUUCUCUAAGAAAUGAAGACAUAUGCUGGGGGGAAAAUUUUGUUUAGACACUCGUUAAGCCCUUUUUUUUUCUUGUCUCAUUACCAGAGACUGGUAGCAGUGCAGAUAUUUGCAGAGGUAUAUGCAAAAGGAGGAAAUGUCCUGCCUGCUUCUCUUUCCCUUUUUUUUUCUUUUUGACAGAUGAACAGCAUUUUCCCAUUUGAGUUUGCCCCAGAUCUUUCACUGUGUAGUACUGAAGCAAAACAGCCCAUCCUGUAAGAUUUAUAGAACACCACCAAGUGAAAUCCUCCUUGAUUCACAUCAUUUUCCCAUGGAGAUCUUUGUCAACUACGGAUCUGAUACUUUGCCCAUUAGGAUUAAUGGGACUUUAAAGUUCGACAUCAACAGGCAGAAUACUAGACCUUGUAAAGGAAUCUCCAGAGUCCAACGUUUCAGUGCAACUCUAAUUACAUGUUUCAUUAUCCCAGUUCACUACUAUUCCUAGAGAAACCUGACCUGCCUAUUCUGUCCCUGCCCCUAAACACACACAGACACACAGAGAUUAAACAAAUCCAGUGUACAAGCUUAAUGUUUAAACAAACUGAAGAAGAGAGGAAGAAUUUUACAAAUGCUGUUGUUACUGUACUCUCAAUUUCACUUACAUACUUAGACAGCCUGGUAACAGUGACAUGGCCCUAUGUUCUGUCCAUUAACUUAUUAAUGCUCUUGCCUUAAAGCAGUAAGGGAUUGUAUCAGUGAUGUUCAGUAGAGCUCUAACUGUUUAAGAAGUUUUGAAUUUACAAUACCCUAUAUGCUGUGGGCUGUCUCCGUGCACACCUUGAUUACUUAGAGUAGCUUCUGUAUUGUAAAUUGACACAUUUAUCAAGAAGCUUUUCUAUAUGGACCUGCCAUGAGGCUCUUGACAGAACCUCAAAACAUAAAAUGGUGAUAGCAUAUAAAGUGACAAACGGGGCUUCAAGCAUAAAUACUUGUAUCACCUAUUCUCAUUUCAUGCUUCCUUCUCCCAAAGGAUAGCUACCAUAAAAGACCUUGAAAGUCUGCAGAAAUUCAUCAAAAAUAUGAUCUGUAGGUUUUGAAUGGCAUUUUCUAGACUAAAAAAGGGAGGAGAUGGCAGUUUGUCUUAACUGGGCUUUGCAUUAGUAAUUAUAUACUAGUUCAAUUUUUUCUUUAAAGUGACAGAUGUCUCAAGGGAUAUUGGUUGUCAUAUGGUAAGUGAUCUUUGUUAAAGCUUUUAACGCAAAGAAUGUUAUUGAGAUAUCAUAACAAAAUUGUAGUCCCUUGAGACUGUAAAGGGUCUGACCUUGCUUCAGUUCAACUCAAUAGCAAAAAUCCUAUUUAUUUUCUGUGCUUUAAUUAUUAGAUAAAAUAAGCAUUUUAAUAAAAGGUCUUGAUAAGCCCUUAUGAAUUUAUUAAACAUUUCAACUACCUGAUGUGUAAUUCAUUUCCAUGUGUUCUGCAUUUUAGUUAUUUCUGUACCUUCCCCAAAAAAGUUUGUUGUGCAAUAUGUAUUAUUUAAAACAUUAACUGUGGUUUUGCAAUAUUUAAGAGAUGCAUUUAGUCAUGUCUGUAUACUUGCUGAAAAAAAGGAAGACAAAGUUCUAAACUUGGGUUCUCACUUUUUGCUAAUUUGUGCAAAGGCAUUGCAUGAACAGGAUUUAAGCACAGACAGUUUGAACUGCUGUUCUUAUUUAACCAAAGAAUGCUCCAUUUCUGAUAAAAUUUUCAGCAUACCAGUGAAUGAAACACAACAUGUCUUAUUUCUGGAUGUUUACUGCAAUUUGCAAUGUGUUUUGACCUCUAAAGAUACUGAAUGUUGUUAACAAAAUGUCUAUUGAAAAGAAAUGCAAAUAAAAUACAUUUCAAAGUAGAAACUA